AUGACCGGUGGAGACUCGCUCACAGAGGAUCUCAAUGUCUAUUACAAUGCCGGCGACAUUGCCUGGAUGAUCACGGCCACUGCUUUGGUGCUUCUUAUGAUUCCCGGUGUCGGCUUCUUCUACUCCGGCCUUGCGCGACGGAAAUCCGCUUUGUCGCUCAUAUGGCUGUCGGUCGCAGCCACGGCUCUGAUUUCUUUUCAAUGGUUCUUCUGGGGCUAUUCCCUGACUUUCUCCCAUACGGCCGGUAAAUUCAUUGGAGAUCUCGAAAACUUCGGCUUUCGCAAUGUCUUGGGAGCUCCCUCCGUCGGUUCAAGCAAGAUUCCCGAUCUCAUGUUCGCGGUAUACCAGGGCAUGUUCGCCGCUAUUACCGUCGCCCUCGCCAUCGGGGCUGCCGCCGAACGUGGUCGAAUGCUGCCCGCCAUGGUUUUCUCCUUCAUCUGGGCAACGGUCGUCUACGACCCUAUUGCCUGCUGGACCUGGAAUUCCUCGGGGUGGGUCUUCAAGAUGGGUGGUCUUGAUUUUGCCGGUGGUACUCCCGUCCACAUUUCCUCCGGCGCAGCUGCUCUGGCCUACUCCCUCAUGCUAGGAAAGCGUCGGGGUCACGGUACUCACGAGCUGAACUAUCGCCCGCACAACGUCACACAUAUAGUCAUUGGAACCGUCUUCCUCUGGGUCGGGUGGUUCGGUUUCAAUGCGGGUUCCGCUUUGUCUGCGAAUCUACGUGCCAUCAUGGCUGCGGUCGUCACCAACUUGGCAGCAAGCGUCGGCGGUCUCACCUGGUGCAUCCUUGACUAUCGCUUGGAACGCAAAUGGUCUACCGUCGGCUUCUGCAGCGGUGUCAUUGCCGGCUUGGUCGCCAUUACUCCUGGUAGCGGUUUCGUCCCUGCGUGGGCUGCUGUCGUUUUUGGUGUAGUUGGAGGUAUCGCUUGCAACUAUGCCACCAAGCUCAAGUUCCUCCUCCACAUCGACGACUCCCUUGACAUUUUCGCCAUUCACGGCAUCGGCGGUCUUGUCGGAGACCUCUUGACGGGAUUUUUUGCCGCCGACUACAUUGCUCAUCUGGAUGGGUUUAGCGAGAUAUCCGGUGGCUGGCUCAACCAUCACUGGAUUCAACUGGCUUAUCAACUCUGCGACGGUGUCACUGGAAUGGCUUAUUCCUUCGUCGUCAGUUGCGCCAUCUUGUUUGUUCUCAACUUCAUACCCGGCCUGCACCUUCGUGCUUCUGAACAAGAAGAAAUUAUGGGCAUGGACGAGACCGAGAUCGGCGAGUUUGCAUAUGACUAUGUCGAAUUGUCCCGAGACGUUGUCAAUGGCCUCGAGCAAGACACUCCUGUCCACCGAGAAGUACCGAGCUCCGAUGGAGAGCAUCCUGAGAAGCCUCACCAGCCAGCAAAUUUACCCCAUUCACCGUGA